AUGAGAUGGACAAGUCGAAGUCCGAAGGUGCGCAGUGUCAGCCGUAGCAGAAACAAUGGGGUGACGGAGAGUGUGAAUGCGACUCCAACUGCGGCGUGUAAUAAGCAGAACUCGUUGUGGGCGAAACAAGCAACGAAAGAGGAGAAAGACCGGGAUGGAGAAAGGGAUGGUGGAAGAAAGACAAAUCAGGUCAUCAAACUGAAGCAGCCAAGGGGAAGAGAUGAGAAGGAGACUGAGUCGAUUCAAGUGUCAGAAACAGGGUGCACAAUUGCUGUCAUCAAGAAAGGCCACGGAACGUGGAACGCGAAGCUGGUCAGGCGGGCGUUGGACACAGAAGCAGAGCCACCAGAGGCCGGUCAAGCGAGAGUCACAGUCACGAAUAAGAACAAAAGAGCCAAAGUCGAGGCAUUCGUGAUUCACACAGCAUCACAAGCACGAUUCACUUCACACAGAAUCACAAGCACGAUUCAUGAUUCACGAUUUUCAGAUCACGAUUCACAAUCACGAAUCACAAUUACUCACGAUUCACGAUCCAUUCACGAUCCAUUCACGAUUGCUUCACGAUUGCUUCACGAUUGCUUCACGAGGGCUGUCUUAUGCGUAAGCAAUCCAGAGUGGGCAGUCGAUGGCGAGGCAGACACAUCCGCACAUUCGCCGGACUGUGGCGGGAGGCGGGAGGUGCGCGGUGGGCGGUGCGCGGUGGGCGGUGCGCGGUGCACGCUGAUGUUAUCGUGUCACGGUGGUGAAUCCGACAUUCAAGAUUUGCCACGGUUUGGGUUUGAAUCACGAAUCGAGCCAGACCCAAAAGGGGCGAGACCGCCUGAUUCUGGUCUUCGGCGAUUCGACCCAUCGAAUCGAAUCAGGGGUAAGGGUUACGGUGUGACGACAUGA